GAAUGCUCGGACAGGCGGAUAGGACGAGGGCGAGACGAGGGUGAGACGAGGGAGAGAUGAGGGAUCAGGGUGGAUGAGGAGAGACGAAGUGACAGAUCGAGAUUCACAAGCAGAUAAGGAGCAACAGAAGGAGGAGUGAAGGGACGAAAGGAGGGGAGGGGCCUGAGCUGCCCAGGAGCUUAAAAACAGCAGAGCGCGAAAGGGAACCUUCAUAACACGUAGUGAACGUGGAGUAAACUCGAAGCGCUCGUCUGGAGGAAUAAAUCAGCAUCGCUCGAGGGCCUAUGGAGCGGAAAGGAACCGAGGAAGCAAAGCAACAGAGGGACUGUAAGUACUUUUUCUUCAUGAGAAGCAUCAAUCCUUCGAGGAACUGAGGAUCCAUCUUCACAUCAGCUAUAUCCAUUUGAGAAACCCCGUUCUGGAAAACACUCUGAGAAGCUCAAAGAUCACUCUUCACCUUCCCGGGAGUGGGAUGGGACCUGAACACUGAGGAUCCGUGAGAAAUCACUGCCCUCUCACCCCGCACCAUGUUGCCCUGGCAUGGGCCGAAAGGGCCGCUCCUGCCCCUGGUCCUGAGCCUCCUACUCACCACCUGCACUGGACAGGACAGCCUAGAGGAUCUAGAGCUUGACGAUGAGAGCAAUUCCGUGAGCACAGAGAGUCCUGAGACCGUGUCUUCAGACAUGGACAUAGUUGACCCUCACAGGACCUGGAUAGCUUUCAGGGAUAACUCAAAUAAGGGUGGAAACAAGAAGCCCAAACAAAAUAAAAGAAUCUCGAAGCAUGGCCUGCCUGGUCCUCCAGGCCCUCCCGGACCCCAGGGGCCUCCUGGUCCUCCUGGCCCGAUGUUGCCCAACCAGGACGAGAUAUUGGAAGACCUCCAGCUAAAGCUGAAAGAGAUGGUGGGCAGUCAGUGUGUACUCUGUGAACAGCCCCCCCGCGUGGCCACAGCCUUCCACAGCCACCUGCACCACAAUCUGCUGGUCCAGAGACGGAGCCUGCAGGAGCUCCAACCUUUCAGCAGCCCUUCAGACACGGAGCAGUUUCACCAGAGAGGCCAGGGCUUCAACGCCAGCAGCGGCCGCUACACCGCGCCGGUGUCGGGGUUCUACCAGCUCAUGGCCAGCCUGGUGCUGGAAUCCAGUGAGACUCAGAAAAGGACCCAGGGGCGACAAAAGGACAGCGUCAAGGCCUCGAUAUGUAUUGAGUCUCUGUGUCAGAGCAACAUGUCUCUGGAGACGGUAACAGGCGUGAGUCCUGCAGGAGGAGUGUUUAGCAUUCUGCUGACAGGAACCUUAUACCUGCAGGUUGGAGAGUACGUGUCUAUUCUAAUUGACAACGGAACAGGAUCGGCACUGACCGUCCUCCAAGACAGCUUAUUUUCUGGCAUCCUUCUUGGAGUAUAAGACCACAAAGACAACACACCCUCACCAGUCACUUUAAUAGGAACACCUGCUCAUUUAUGCUGUUAUCUAAUCAGCCAAUCAAGCAGCUACAGGUCAAGAGUGUUGGUUAAUGUUCACACCAAUCAUCAGAAUGGGGGAAAAGUGUCACCCCUGUGACUUUAACCGUGACAUGGUUGUUUGAGGAUUUCACACACACGUCUCUCGAGUUUACACAGAAUGGUGCGGAAAAACAUCCCGUGAGCGGAGGGUCCGCAGGCUGAAACGCCUUGUCCUUGAGCAGACAGGAAGUCUAUAAUCACUCGCUCUUUACAACCAUGGUGAGGAGAAACACAUCUCAGAACGCACAACAUAAUGAACCAUGAGGUGGAUGGGCUACAACAGCAGAAAGUCACAUCAGCUAUCAUGCACACAGACUCACGCAAACUGGGAAAAAGUCCAGGUGAUAUCCCCUCCCCUCCCCUCUAAUCUUCAGCUGUCCGUACCCAUGAUGGCCUCAGAUUCCCGCUCUUGGCUGACAGGAGUGGAACCCGGUGUGGUCUUCUGCUAUUGUAGCCCAUCCUCCUAAAGGCUUGAGGUUUUGUGCGUACCGAGAUACUGCUCACCACAGUUGUAAAGAGUGAUUAUAUGAGUUACUGUAUCCUUCCUCGGACCAAUGUUUUUAGCACCAUUUUGUGUAAACUCUGGCAACCCCAGAUGAUCAGCAGUUUCUGAAAUAAAUCAAUCAAAAAAACAACACAGCUCAGACUUUUUCCUCCUCCUGAUGUUUGAUGUGAACAUUGCCUAUAGCUCUUGACGUGUAUCUGCAUGAUUGGCUGAGUACAUUAAUGUGCAGGUGUUCCUAAUGAUGUAGACGGUGAGUAGACAGACACGGACAACUGCAGGUUGACAUUCAGAGAGAGAGAGAGAGAGGGGCCAGUUUUUUCUCUCGGUACAUAUUUCUUCGCUUGUAAUUCAGGAAUCAUAUCAGCAGUGAUAAUUAUGGCGUUUCCCCAAAUAUCUACGCUUUAGCAUCUAACACAUCGUCACCUCGACAGCGGGAUAAUCACACAACUCCGACACAUUUAAUCGUCUGUCCAGAGAGAUGUACGUAUUUUUCCAUGUGCUGUGUUUGUAAGCUCACAGCUGUCCACUGAACAAGAUAAAAGAAAUUAUAUACGUAUUUAUUUUGCAUUUUUGAACAAGUGUGAAUGUUAAUAAAAACCUCGCUGAAACAGA